AUGCCAGAACAAACUGGGAAGAAGACAAAGGGUAAGAAAAGUGACCCGAGAAGGAAAGGAAGAGAUGGUAGAAAAAAUAGUCCUGAGAAGAAAGAGAAAAGGAAAUCAGUCAACGAAACUGUAUUGGGACAACUGGGCUUAUCAACCUCCUUCCCCAUCGAUGGGACCUUCUUCAACAGCUGGUUGGCGCAGUCGGUCCAGAUCACCGCCGAGAACAUGGCGAUGAGCGAGUGGUCCCUCAACAACGCCCACCACGAGGACAGCACCCCCGGCCUCUCCGAGGAGCUCCUCCAGGACGAGGAGACCUUGCUGAGCUUCAUGAUGGACCAUUCCCUCAGGUCCCCGUUCAAGCAGAGCGAGGCCGCAAAGAAAGUGAAAAGCAAAACGAGAACGAACACUAAGAAAAAGCUGCCCAGGAGCAGCCCCCCCGCCGUGGGGGGGCGCGCCCCCCCCGCCGUGGGUGGGAGCCACCCAGAGAGCUCGGAGCCCUGGACUAACAACGCCAGCGACUUGUCGGAUGAUGCCACCAAGCCCUUCGCUCCCGAUUCCAGACCGAGCAAGUCGGAGAAAGGGACGGCAAAGCUUCCCACCGACCGCAAAGGGACAGGUGAGGCCAAAAAGGCGGCCAAGAAGGGCUCUGUCCCAAAAGCCGGCGAGCCUCACCCCCCGGCCGGGGCGAGGGGCUGCGUCAGCAAGGAGGAGGAGACGCCGCGCUGUGCUCAGCCAGAGCCCAGCCCCGCGGCCAAAGUGCCUGACUCCGUAGGUAGCCCCAAAACCGUCGUGCGGUUCAAAUUACCAAAGGAGAGCCGAGGGACUCGGAGAUCGCAGCCCCCCAAGCCCGACGGCGCCGGCGGAGCUCCCUUGCGUCGUUUCGACGCCGAGACGGACGGCUACUUCUCCGACGCAGAGAUGAGCGACUCGGACGGGGAGUCCCGCGGCGGCAGGGCACAGCGGGGCCAGCUGGAUGCAGCCGGCGAGGACAUCGUCAGGAUGAGCAUCCUGGCAUCCUAA